ACUCCCCCGGGCUCGCACCGGGGACUCGCGAGCUUUCAAGCCCUCCGCCUCCUCCCUGGCUGUCUCGAAGCCCAAGACGGUGGCACCCCGGCUCCCCGUGGCUCCUCCCUUGGUUUCUGGCCCGAGACCUGCAGUGGGCAUCGGGCCGGGCCGCCCAGCGGGGAAGCGGGAGGCCACAGAGCAUGGCCUUGGUGCUGCUGCCUGGCGACGGCUGCGGCAGACGCAGGAAGCUCUGAUCCCCCGAGCAAAGCCGACGUUACUCACAGAUCCCAGGGCAGAGACACCGGGCGGAGGGGAGCUGGUGGGCAAGCCUCGCGUUCUGGCCCCAGAGGCCCGCAGGGCGGCCCAAGGAGACGUCCCCAAGAUGGUGAUGCUUCCGCGGGACCUGGAGGGGAAGCGCGCGGUGACCCUCAUCCACACACCCAGCCGAGUCCGCUUCGUGAACAGCACGUGGGUGUUCGGGAAGGGCAUGUGCCACGUCAGCCGCUUUGCCCAGUACUGCUCCCUGCACGUCUCCGCGCUGACGCUGACGGCCAUUGCGGUGGACCGCCACCAGGUCAUCAUGCACCCACUGAAGCCCCGGAUCUCAGUGGCCAGGGGCGUAGUCUACGUCGCCGUCAUCUGGACCAUGGCUACCGUCUUUUCGCUCCCACACGCCAUCUGCCAGAAGCUGUUCACCUUCAAGUACAGCGAGGACACCGUGCGCUCCCUGUGCCUGCCAGACUUCCCGGAGCCGGCUGACCUCUUCUGGAAGUGCCUGGACUGGGCCACCUUCGUCCUGCUCUACAUCCUGCCGCUGCUGGUCAUCUCUGUGGCCUACGCCCGCGUGGCCAAGAAGCUGUGGCUGUGCGGCGCCAUCGGGGACGUGACCACGGAGCAGUACCUGGCCUUGCGGCGCAAGAAGAAGACGACCGUCAAGAUGCUGGUGCUGGUGGUGGUCCUCUUCGCGCUCUGCUGGUUCCCCCUCAACUGCUACGUGCUGCUGCUGUCCAGCGCGGUCAUCCGCGCCAACAACGCGCUCUACUUCGCCUUCCACUGGUUCGCCAUGAGCAGCGCCUGCUACAACCCCUUCAUCUACUGCUGGCUGAACGAGAGCUUCCGGGCGGAGCUGAAGGCGCUGCUCAGCGUGUGCCCCCGGCCCGCCAAGCCCCAGGGGGCCCGGCCGCCCUCCCCGGCGCCGUCCUUCAGGGUGGCCUGGGCGGAGCGGGGCGACAGCCGGAGGGCUCCACCGGCCGGCCGCUCCCCGCCCCCCUCACCACGGCUGCCUGGGAAGACAGACCUGGCGGCUGUGGAGCCCGUCGUGGUGCUGAGCUAG